AUCCCAGUCCUCCAAUAGGUUCGAUGCAAAGGUAACAGAGCGACCGGGGGCUCUAUAAAGAUCCACUUUGUCCUCGCGCUCUCUCUGCUUUUUUCCCCCAUUUUUUCGGUCUCUCUUCUUUCCAUCAGCACGUACCAAAAUGCCCAGCAAAAGAAAGAAGAACACGCGUCGCAUGAAGAGGGUGCAGGCCCAGAGGAGAGUCCUUGAAGAACAGCAUGCAGCCGACCCACUAGUCAAAGCGAGUCCUGCGAUUGCAGUGAGUGCACCCCCUGCAGCAACCUCAAAGAAAGUGGCCAAAACCCGAGCACCAGUAAAGAUCCCAUCGGCAGUUCCGAUUGUCGUCCCAACUGUGAAGACCCCCAUCGUUAAACCAGAACCAGUUGUGGAAAAGCCGGUCUCGGCACCUGUGGUCUCGGUGCCUGUGGAGGAGCCGGUCUCGGCACCUGUGGUCUCGGCGCCUGUGGAGGAGCCGGUCUCGGUGCCUGUGGAGGAGCCGGUCUCGGCACCUGUGGUCUCGGCGCCUGUGGAGGAGCCGGUCUCGGUGCCUGUGGAGGAGCCGGUCUCGGUGCCUGUUGAGGAGCCGGUCUCGGUGCCUGUGGUCUCGGUGCCUGUUGAGGAGCCCGUCCCAGUUGAGGUAGCGGUGCGAGAGCCAGAGGUUGUGGUGUUGGAACAGACAGCAGAGGUUGAGGUUGAAGUCCCGGUCACUGAAGAAGCCCCGGUUGUUGAGACUCCACCUGAAGAGCCCUUCACAGUUGAAGAUGCGAUCGUACAGGAGGCUGAACCUAUCAUUCCUAAACCAGAACCAGAACCAGUGACAGAGGUCAUACCCCCAGCUGAGGCUCCUGUGGCAGCCCCUGUUGAGAUCGAGAUUCCGACAGAGGAGGCUACAAUCGAAACCACAGCGACCGAACAGACGCAUGAAGUCUGCGAGCCAAAGACUGAAGUGAAGGCCGAGGCUUUUGCAGCGGAGGAGGCGGCGGCCGUUGAGACUGAGGUGGCAGUCACGGCCGAUAUCGCCGCACCGGAGCCCGCGACUGAAACGACUGACGUGGUUGAAGCGCCGACGAGCGACCAAGUUCCUGCUGAAACCGAAGCCGGCGCAGAGGAAGCGGUGGAGGAAGCGGUGGACGAGGUCGUCUCAGAGAUAACCGAGCCACAACAGGAGGCUGAAGCCGUCGCCUGUCCUGCUGACGAUGCUGAAAUAGAAGUGCUGGCUGAGGAAGAUGCACCUGAAGUUCUCGCCGAGCCUGUUGCUAUCACAGAGGAUGCUCCUGCCCCAUCGGUGGAAAUCCCAGUGGUGCCAGACACCGUCCCAGAGGCUCCGGUAGGAGAGGCUGAAGCCCUCGCAACUGAAGUCAACGGGAGCAUUGCAGACAGCCUGGUUGAGGACUUUGUCGUCACAGAAUCGGUCUCAUCAGAGGAUGUCGCCAUUGCAGAGUCUGCUGCUGUCCAGCCGGAAAUUGUGGAAGUGAGUGACACCAAAUCAGAAUCUGUGGAUGUGAUGUCCGCUGAGCCUGUUGCUGCGCCUGCAGAGGAAAUGGCCCCAGACACCAGUGCUGAGCAGACAUGUUCGGACGUCCUGUCAGAAGAGCCAAAGCCAGAAAUCUGCGACAUACCAUGUCAGAUGGUGCAACUCAGCUCAAUGGAGAUGUCAAUGGAGGCGUCGCUGAAUGGACACAUUGCUCCAGAGGUCUCCAUUGAGGGCUAAGUUCACAUCACACACCUCGGAAAAUCUUUUUUUGUGUCUUUAUUCCCCUUUGGCCAUUUGGAGGACUCAAAGCUUUACAGCUGAUCUUGUUCAUUUUUUAGGGCUUAUGCAUGGAAAUCUAAAAAGGACGUCCACACUUUGAAGUGCCUUCCUGGCCCCGGUUCCUGUCGUAACACCAAACCAGAUGUCACUAUGCCAAAAACCCCGCUGCAAUCAAGGCAGCAGAACAAGCUGUAGUCACAACUGUGCAGUAAUGAUAACCAACACAUUGUGGCUACUUAAACAAAAAUCGGUAU